GAGUGCCAAUAAGAGGUGAGAGGACAAAGGAGAGGACUACCAAGACGUCUCAGGAUACCCUGAAAAGAUAACAGACUUAAGAGUGAUGAAAAAUAUUUGAGAGAUUUCCCCUCCACUGUGACAGCAUCCUGAAGUGAUCUAUCUGUCUGGCAUUGUGACGCACGGCGAAUGAGGAGCUCCAAACUUUAAACUUGGAAAAGCAAACUUCAGGAAAAAUGGCACAUUUGCAUCUGAGAUGCCUAUUGGCUCUGGCCUUAGUGCACGUUGUUUUGUCCUCUGGUGUGUUUGAGCUGAAGAUUCAUUCCUUCCACACCGCGCAGCGGAUCUGUCGAAGACACAGGGACUGUCACAUUUUUUUCAGAAUUUGCCUGAAACACCCGGAGGAUGUCAUCUCCGCAGAGCCGCCCUGCACCUUUGGUACCGGACAGACCAACGUCAUCAGAGCCGAUCACACCUCGAUCUCCAGCAGCGCUCCCAUCAGGGUGCCUUUCCACUUCAAGUGGCCGGGAACAUUUUCGUUGAUCAUUGAAGCCUGGAACGCUGAAUCUCCCACUGAAUACACAGUCUCCUCCCCAGCCAUCUGCUCGGCGGAAUGCAGCGAGAAGCAUGGCUACUGCGAGGCCCCAGGGGGCUGUACGUGCCGCAUGGGCUGGCAGGGCCCUUCCUGCAAUGAAUGCGUCCGCUACCCAGGCUGCCUCCAUGGGACAUGCAGCCAGCCGUGGCAGUGUAACUGUCAGGAGGGUUGGGGGGGCCUCUUCUGCGACCAGGACCUGAACUAUUGUACUAACCACAAGCCAUGCGCCAAUGGUGCCACCUGCACCAACACAGGCCAGGGCAGCUACACCUGCAACUGCCGGCCCGGCUUUGGAGGUACCAACUGCGAGCUGGAGACCAACGAGUGUGACAGCAACCCCUGCAAGAACGGAGGCAGCUGCAAUGACCUGGAGAACGACUACUCCUGCACCUGUCCUCAGGGAUUCUAUGGGAAGAACUGUGAGAUCAUUGCCAUGACUUGUGCAGACGGUCCCUGCUUCAAUGGCGGCACCUGUGUGGAGACAAUGACCGGAGGCUACACCUGCCGCUGCCCUCCCAGCUACACUGGCUCCAACUGUGAGAAGAAGCUGGACCGCUGCAGCAACAGGCCCUGUCUAAACGGCGGCGAGUGUCUGGAUCUCGGCCAGAGCAUCUUGUGUCGUUGUCAGGCAGGCUUCACGGGUGCCAACUGCCAGGUUAACAUUGACGACUGCGCCUCAAGUCCCUGCCAGAAUGCUGGAACCUGCCAAGAUGGUGUAAAUGACUACACCUGCUCCUGUACUCUGGGAUACACUGGCAAGAACUGCAGCGUGCGCUCAGACGCCUGUGGCGCCCAUCCCUGUCAGAACGGUGGCACUUGUUUCACCCACUUCACUGGGCCCGUGUGCCAGUGCCCCAAGGGCUUUAUGGGUCCCAGUUGUGAGUUCACGCUUCAGCCCAGUUUCAAGCCAGCUUUGCGCCAAACCUCCCAACCCUCAUCUACUACCCUCACCCUCUCCUGCGCUCUGGCUAUUCUGGUACUAGUCCUGGUUGCGGGGAUCCUCUACUUGAGGAGGAGGAGGAGAAUGCAGGGAAGGAAGCAGCUAAGAGACACUGCAGUUUAUAAUGACUUGGAGACAGUCAACAACCUGGGUGGAAGCGAAAGAGACGCCUUCCUCGGCCCCAAUGGCCUCUUCAAGAUCAGCAACAGCACAGCCCGUCUCAGCCUCUCCCUCUGCCCAGACGGCAGACCCGGCUACAGGCACAACCCUGUGGAGAACAGCCUCUCCAGAGGGGAGCGUCAGGACUUCAUGUGGAGAGAUGAGGCAGGACUGAGAUGAAAAGCGACAAAGCACAGAUUUGAAAAACAGGGAAAGAAACACAUUAGCACUUGUUGCUCCUCUUUCGAUGCGUACAGUGAGGGAAGGAGUAAAUCCACGAGGUGGAAACCACUCGUGCUCACAAACCAACAUAAACAUCACUGAAAAAAGCAAAAUUGUGACAAAUAAACU